CUGGGAGAAUUCCUUUGAGCACGGAUCAAAGAUGUUGGAACAAAACUCAGCUGGCCCUGAAACAGGAAGAGGCCCUGAUACCCUCAAGGCUGAGAGCAGUGGGGAAUUCUGGGAAACAACAGGGCAGAAGGAGCUGGGUGAAGACAUGGUCAGCUCAGAGGUGCAGCGCCAACUGUUCAGGCAUCUCCGCUAUCAGGCAGCUGAAGGCCCCCGAGAGGUUCGCAACCAACUCCACAAUCUUUCCCGUUGGUGGCUGAAGCCGGAGCGACACACGAAAAACCAAAUCCUGGACCUGGUGAUCCUGGAGCAGUUCCUGACCAUUCUGCCAGCGGAGAUGGCGAGCUGGGUGAGGGAAUGCAGAGCAGAGACCAGUUCCCAGGCGGUGGCCCUGGCAGAAGGCUUCCUCCUGAGCCAGGCAGAGGACCAGAGGCAGCAAGAGCAGCAGCAGGCACAGAGUCUGUUUGCAGAAGCGGUCCCUGAUUUCCCUGCAGCAGCGAAGGCUCCAUCAGAGACCAGUCAGAGCCCCCCACGAAGGGGGAUCAGGCCGGAGGGUGACCAAGCUUCCACUUCGCAGGGGGCUAUAAUGAUGCCAGCAAUGGAUACUCAGCCAUCUCUUCUUGUUUGUGAUGGAGUGGAACCAGAUCAGGCUCUGGUGACUUUUGAGGAGAUUGCUGUGUGCUUCACAGAGGAGGAGUGGGCCCUGCUGGAUCCUGACCAGCGAGCCCUGCACAGGCAGAUCAUGGAGGAGAACCGUGGGAUCGUGGCCUCUCUGGAACGUGACAGGUGGGAAGUGGCGAAUAAGAGGCAACCCUGUGAGAUGCCACCGAAAAGAGACAGAUGUAUAAACAGCAAACAGCAGAGUACGAAUGCGGAAGUAAAUCACAGUAUGAGGGAUGAUUCCACUGCUUCUGAGGGCAAUGCCUACAAAUCUAUCGCAAUGCAAGACAUAAUACUUAAAAGACUGGAAAAUAAUAGGUUCUAUAAUCAUAAGAAAAUAUUCAAUUCUGAAUCAAAUGUGAAAGCUAAUUGCAGAAUUCACACAUUAAAGAAAACAUAUAAAAGCCCAAAAUGUUGGAAGAGUUUCAGUCAGAAGACAAAUCUUACUCAUCAUCAAAGGUCUCACACAGGUGAGAAACUAUAUAAUUGUUUAGAGUGUGGAAAGAGCUUGAGCAGCAAGCAAAGACUUAUUUAUCAUCAAAGAACUCACACAGGUGAGAAACCAUAUUGUUGUUUGGAUUGUGGAAAGAGCUUUAGCAGAAAGCAAACUCUCAUCUAUCAUCAAAGAACUCAUACAGCUGUGAAACUACAUCAUUGUUUGGAGUGUGGAAAGAGCUUCAGUUGGAAGAAAAAUCUCAAUCAGCAUCAAAGAACACACACCGGGGAGAAACCAUAUAAUUGUUUGGAGUGUGGAAAAAUCUUCAGUUGGAAGCAAAGUCUCAAUCAACAUAAAAGAACACACACCGGGGAGAAACCAUAUCAUUGUUUGGAGUGUGGAAAAAUCUUCAGUUGGAAGCACAGUCUCAAUCAACAUAAAAAAACUCACACAGGUGAGAAACAAUAUAAAUGCUUAGAGUGUGGAAAGAGCUUCAAGAGCAGUUUAUAUCUCAAGAGUCAUCAAAGAACUCACACAAGGGAGAAACCAUAUAAUUGUUUGGAGUGCGGAAAGAGUUUCAGUCGCAAGAACAAUCUAAAUCGACAUCAAAGAACUCACACAGGGGAGAAACCAUAUAAUUGUUUCGAGUGUGGAAAGAGCUUCAGUCAGAAGAGCAGUCUCAAUCAACAUCAAAUAACUCACACAGGGGAGAAACCAUAUCAUUGUUUGGAGUGUGGAAAGAACUUUAGUCAUAAGAAAAAUCUCAAUCAACAUCAAAGAACUCACACAAGGAAGAAACCAUAUCAUUGUUUGUAGUGUAGA